AUGGAUAAUUCAGAGAAUUUGUACAGAGAACAUGAAUUAUUAACUGAACAUUUUGGAUUUCUUCCAAUUUCUAUAAUUGAUGAUAUUAUUAAUGUUGUUAAUGAAAUUAUAUAUGCUGCUCUUACUGGAAUAGAAGUUUUCGUUGGAAAAGAAUUAGGACAAGUGGAAGAAGCUGCACAGGGAAUGCAUAAAGUUGAAACGUUACUUGAGAAUUUGAUCGAUCGAAAUUAUGAAAUUUUUGAAAGAUAUACAUUAGACAAUAUUUUUGCUAUACGUGAAAAUGUUCAAAUAACAUUAAAUCACUACAAGGGAUUGGAUUUUACAAUAGAUCAAAGUGAAGAAGAUAAAAUCGAUAAAGAAUUAAAAGAAAUGAGGAGAUCAACACUUUUUACUAAGUUGGAAAAAGAUCAUAAUGUUUUUCCUGUAACAGAUACAUUUCAAAAUAUUCAAAAUCAAAUAAUUAAAUUAAAAAACAAUCUUAGUAGAUUAUAUGAACACACUAAUAAUGGCAAUGAUGAUAAUAACAAUCGUAAAAACUAUAAUUUAUAUAUUAAAAUUGAAGAUGAACGAGAAGAAUUUAUUCGUAACAGAGCAUCAAAAAUUGUUGAACAAAUUAAAUUGAAAAGAAUACAAGUAAAUGAAGAUGAAGAUAAUAAUAAUUAUAAAAAAAGAAAAAUUGAAGAAAAUCCUUCUGCUAAAGAAAAUGAUGAAUUAUUAAAAGAAGUGGAUGAAUUAGAAAUCCUUAAAACAAUCUUUAAUCUAUAA